AGGACGAACAACGGUGGACAAAUGACCGAGGCCUCCUCGGCGCCAUCCCGUCGCCCCGUGUGUCGUCGCCGUCAGCUCCGGCGUCGACCACAUGUUCACAGCCACAGACAGAGUUGCCGUUCACUCGAGUAACCUUUUGGAGCAGUGUACACCAACAGCCAUACAGUAUCUGUUCUUGCUCAGGAUUCGACUCCUCUGCUCGUGCUCCUGCUGGGGGAGAAAAUAAACACCAUACAUACAGUAUAUCUGUUCUUGAAUUAUUAUCCUUCUUGAUUAGUUGGUUAUCACUCAACUAUCGCCCACCAACCCACCAAAUCUGUGGCUCUCUGAUUGUGUCCUCCGUCCCCUCCACACUACACCAAGUCCCACCCAUCCGACCACAAGGAUGCCGCAGCCGGCGCACGCGGACUCCGGCGACAGGCCGCUGGUGCUCCUGUCGCAGCCGCUCUUCCCGGAAUUCGCCGCGGCGCUCGAGGGCCGGUACCGCUUCGUCUUGGCCGCGGAAGCCGACGCGGCCACGGCGGCCGAGGCCAGGGUCCUGCUCGUGCCGGGGCUCGAGGCGGUCACCGCGGAGCUCCUGGACAGGUUCCCGGCGCUGGAGCUCGUGUCGGCCACCUCCGUCGGGGUGGACCACGUGGACCUCCACGCCUGCCGCCGCCGCGGGGUCGCCGUCACCAACGCCGGCGCGGCCUUCUCCGUCGACUCGGCGGACUACGCCGUCGGGCUCGUCGUCGCCGUGCUCCGCAGGGUCGCCGCCGCCGAGGCGUACGUCCGGCGCGGCAGGUGGGCCACGGACGGCGACUACCCGCUCACCACAAAGGUGAGCGGCAAGCGAGUUGGGAUCGUGGGGCUCGGCCGUAUCGGCAUGCUGGUGGCGCGGCGGCUCGCGGCGUUCGGGUGCGCCGUGUCGUACCACUCCCGGUCGCCGAAGCAGUCGUCACCCUACAAGUUCUUCGCCGCGGUGUGCGACCUCGCGGCUGACAGCGACGUACUGGUGCUGUCGUGCGCGCUGACGGAGGAGACGCGGCACAUCGUGAACCGAGAGGUGAUGGAGGCGCUGGGCAGGGACGGCGUGCUCGUCAACGUCGGGCGCGGCGGGCUGGUGGACGAGCCGGAGCUGGUGCGGUGCCUGCGGGAGGGCGUCAUCGGCGGCGCCGGGCUGGACGUGUACGAGAACGAGCCCGACGUACCGCCGGAGCUGUUCGGGAUGGACAACGUCGUGCUGUCCGACCACAGGGCUGUGCUCACGCCGGAGUCCGUCCGCGGCGUGCUCGACAUUGUCUCUGGGAACCUGGAGGCCUUCUACGCCGGGGGGUCUUUGCUCAGCCCCGUGACACUCUGAACUCCGAAGCACAUAACAACACAUCGUUGCGACUGAAAAUAAAAUUCCAUUGCACGUUAAGUAUCCUACACAACACGCGCCUCUUUCGUUAUCAAUCUUGGUUGAGACGACGUUUAUAAAUCGAAAAACCUAUGAUUAUCAUUCUGAAAUUUCAUGCAAUUAGGAGGCUCAAGUUGUAAACACUGGUUGAAUUUUCAGUUAAUUUAGUAUCUAACAGUAUCUGACAAAAUAAUGGAAUAGGCAAAGAGGAGCUUCAGAUGGUUCAUGGGCCAUAAGCUUUCUAAA